UUACGCAGUGAGACAUCUGAAUGUCAGAGGAUCUCUGGCUGCAAGAUAACUUCCUGUGUCUGCAGCUCGGUCAGUUUCUGACAUUUCCCCCUCAACAUGUUGAGGUUCAGGAGCUCCUCACUGAGAUCAGCUGCUGCCCUGCUCACACCUGGCGCUCAGCCUCGUGUGAGCCUUUCUACUGGUCCCCAACAAGGACACCAAACCUUUUAUGAGUUUCGCACCUACAGCAUCCAUCCAGACCAGAAUGCUGCUUUUCUUAAACUGACCAAUGAGAAGAUCCACCUUCGCACUGCGCACUCCGAGCUGAUUGGCUACUGGAGCGUUGAGUACGGCGCCUUGAACAGGGUCUUCCAUAUAUGGAAAUAUGAGAGUUUCUCUCAGCGGGCAGGUGUUCGGGCCGCCCUGGCCCAGGAUCCCUCCUGGACCUCAGAGUACAUCUCCAAGGCGAUACCAAUGUUGAUAUCUCAGGACAAUGAGGUCACCUACCUGGUUCCCUGGAGUCACCUGAAGAGACCACCUCAGGAGGGCGGUGUGUAUGAGCUGGUUUCCUUCCUGAUGCGUCCCGGUGGUCCGGCAGUGUGGGGCAAUGCCUUCCAGGCUGCCAUCACUGCCCAUGAUGCACCUGGGUACGGCAAGCUGGUGGGAGCAUUCCACAAUGAGUUUGGGCUGCUGAACAGAGUUCACGCCCUCUGGUGGUUUGAGAGCGCUGAUCAGAGAGCUGAAGUUCGACACAAAGCUCACACUGAUGCCAGAGUGGUUGCUGCAGUCAGAAACAGCGUCGUCCAUCUGGACUCUCAGGAGAGUAAACUCAUGUUUCCCUGUCCCUUCUCUCCGCUGAAGUAACCGCCAUCCUCACACCUGUAUCUCCACGGCAACAGAGACAAACACUGUAACAACUCAUCUUUACCUUGAGGGCUUGAAGUUCCACCCCUCUCCCUGAGUAAACUGAUCACAGAUCAACGUGAAGUCUGUCAUGUUCCUGGUUUAAAGCUUUGUCUAGUUUUUACAUUAAAACAUUGAUUUGAACCAUUCACAGAGCUGUACAUCACUGCAGGCACAGAAGAGUUAAAACGUCAUUAAAAACCUGAACAGA